AUGAGAGUACAUUUGCUCUUUGUUUUAUUACUAAUAGAAGUUUUAUUUCAGUAUCAUAAUGAAGACCUGGAAAAAGACAAAACAUCACAAAACUGCCUAGGAAGAGGAAUGGAACGAGUAGCAAAGAAGUUAGGGGUGGCUCAUGAAGAGAUUCAAAGGCUCACUGAUGAACUACAAGUGAAGGAGAAAGAACAGUGUAAAUUAGAUUCUGCACUUAAGAAGGCUCAACUAGAAAUUGACAAAUUGAAGGAAAAUUUGGUAAAGCUGAAAGAAAAUGAUGUAGCUGACCUACAGAAAGCAAAGGAACAUAAUCAGAGAUUGGAUGAGGAAAUUCUGGCUUUAAGAAAUAGGGUUCGAUCCCUUGACUCAGAAAAAAAGGUGCUUGGUGAAAUGGUCGAAAGACUUAAAGGAGAGGUGUGUGAAUCUCAAGAGAAUAAGCAACUUGGAAACCACUCCCCUGGAAAAACUGUGGGUGGUGAACAGACAGAACAGCAUCCAUCAUCUGGAGAAAAACUAAAAUACAACCAGCAAAGGGAAGUACAACAACUUCACCAGAAUUUGCACCGGCUCCAGAUUCUAUGCAACUCAGCUGAAAAUGAGCUUCGAUAUGAACGAGGGCAGAACUUGGACUUAAAGCAACAUAAUAGCUUACUUCAGGAAGAGAACAUUAAGAUAAAAAUUGAACUAAAGCAUGCCCAACAGAAGUUAUUAGACAGUACAAAGAUGUGCUCUUCACUCACGGCAGAGUGCAAGCAGUGUCAGCAGAAAAUCAAGGAACUGGAGUUGGAAGUACUUAAACAGACUCAGAGCAUUAAAUCACAGAACAACCUACAGGAAAAGCUGGCUCAGGAGAAAUCUAAAGUUGCUGAUGCAGAGGAAAAGAUUUUGGACCUGCAGCGGAAAUUAGAACAUGCUCAUAAAGUCUGUCUCACAGACACUUGUAUUUCAGAGAAGCAGCAGCUAGAGGAAAAGAUAAAAGAAGCAACAGAAAAUGAAGCUAAAGUAAAGCAACAAUAUCAAGAAGAACAACAGAAGAGGAAACUUCUAUAUCAGAACGUAGAUGAGUUACACAGGCAAGUGAGAACCUUACAAGAUAAAGAAAAUCUACUGGAAAUGACCUGUUCUCAGCAACAAUCCAGAAUUCAGCAACAAGAGGCCCUACUUAAACAACUGGAAAAUGAAAACAGAAAAUAUGAUGAGCAUGUCAAAAGCAACCAGGAAUUGUCAGAGAAGCUAUCUAAGCUACAGCAAGAGAAGGAAGCUCUACGUGAAGAAUAUUUGCGAUUAUUGAAGCUGCUUAAUGUCCAUGUGAGAAACUAUAAUGAGAAACAUCACCAACAAAAAAUCAAGCUUCAAAAAGUCAAGUAUCGUUUAACUAAUGAAGUAGAACUACGAGAUAAGAGAAUUAACCAAUUUGAAGAUGAAAUUGGAAUCUUGCAGCAUAAAGUAGAAAAGGAGAAGGCAAUACAGGACCAGAUCACUGCCCAAAAUGAUACCCUGCUUCUAGAAAAAAGGAAACUUCAGGAGCAAGUCAUAGAGCAAGAACAGUUGAUCCACAGCAACAAAUGGACAAUAUCUUCCAUCCAGAGCAGGGUACUUUACAUGGAUAAAGAAAAUAAGCAAUUACAGGAACAUAGUCUUCGUCUCACACAGCAGAUUGGCUUCUUAGAGCGAAUUAUAAGGAGCAUCCAUAUUCGCAGAGGAGAGAAUCUUAAGGAGUUUCCUGUUCCAAAAUGGUGGCAUAGAGGCAAGCUGGCUUCUCUCCCUCCAACAAAGAAACAGAAAGAAACAUACAGCACUGAGGUCUUCACCAGCAACAAUGGAGAACUCCAGCAUGAGGAUGAGUCAGUUCCUGAGGCCACAGAGAAGUGGAAACACUCCGAGCAGAUGGAAACAACAAUUAGUGACGUACUUGAAUCCGAAGUAGUGAAUGAAAUAUUGCCUUUAUCAAACUCCAGUUUUUCAGGAAAAGGUUUGGUAGAGUCAUUUGUAAGUCUUCAAGAGACUGAAGAGAUCAAGUCAAAAGAAGCAAUGGCAGGUUCAAAGUCCCCUGAAAAGUCCCCUGAGAAUCUUGUGUGUUCACAGAAUUCUGAGGCUGGAUACAUAAAUGUGGCUUCUCUGAAGGAGACACAUGGUAUACAAGAACAAGACCAAAAGUCAGAACUAUAAAAUCACUGGUGCCUAAAGCUAUACCGAACAAAACUGCUAACUUAAAGCCUGGACAAAAGGUGGACCAUGACACUGAGAAGAGUUACCACAGAUCCCAAAUGGAUAUCAGCCAAGAGUCUUCAAAACUGCUGAUAAAUUCAUUAAAGCAGUUGCAAAAAUGGAUUUCUCAAGUUUGUUUGAUAUCCUCAGAUGCCUUGUAUUGACCAAAAUAUUGACUUUAGUUCAAUGAUUUAUUUAGGUUUCUCUUCAGCAGAGCACAUGUAUGGUUAACUCAACAUUCUUUCCCAUUAUCCUGGGUAUCUUUUCUGAUUUAUUUUUUAAGAGUAAGAAUAAUACAGUCACAUUAAAGCAAAUUUUGUUUUUUAAAAAACCCUCCUACGCUGGGUGUGGUCCCAGCACUUUGGGAGGCCGAGGUGGGUGGAUCAUGAGGUCAGGAGAUUGAGACCAUCCUGGCUAACACGGUGAAACCCUGUCUCUAUUAAAAAUACAAAAAAAUUAGCCGGGCAUGGUGGCGGGUGCCUGUAGUCCCAGCUACUCGGAAGGCUGAGGCAGGAGAAUGGCGUGAACCCGAGAUAGCGCCACUGCACUCCAGCCUGGGUGACAGAGUGAGACUCCGUCUGAAAAAAAGCAAAAAACAAAAACAAAAACCCUCCUAUAAUACCACAACCUUUUUUUUUUUUUUUUGAGACGGAGUCUCUUACUCUGUCACCCAGGCUGAAGUGCAGUGGCAUGAUCUCCGCUCACUGCAACCUCUGCCUCCCAGGUUCAACCAAUUCUCCUGCCUCAGCCUCCCGAGUAGCUGGGAUUAUAGGCACCCGCCACCACGCCCAGCUAAUUUUUGUAUUUUUAGUAGGGACAAGGUUUCACCAUGUUGGCCAUGCUGGUCUCGAACUCCUGACCUCAGGUGAUCCACCUACCUCAGCCUUCCAAAGUGCUGGGAUUACACCAAUACCACAGUCUUGACACAACUAUUUUUAUUUUACAAUUAUUCCCUUUUGGUCCUAAUUCAAGUACAUAUAUUCUAAAUGGUUAUUAUAAUAUUGUAUAUUCAUUUUCACAGUUCAAUUUUUAAUUUACUGUAUAUACCAUGGAAACAUUUUCAAUCGCUAUAUGAUAUUCAAUCAUGUUGAUGUUCUAUAAUUAUUUUUAUGGGAAAAGUUUUAAAUGUUUAAUGACGAAGAUUUAGGGCAAUACAUUAUUUAAAAGUGGAUAGGAGGUCGGGCACGGUAGCUCACACCUGUGAUCUCAGCACUUUGGGAGGCUGAGGUGGGCAGAUCACCUGAGGUCAGGAGUUCGAGACCAGCUUGGCCAACUUGGGGAAACCCCGUCUCUAACAAAAAUACAAAAACAAUUAGCCAGGUGUGGUGGUGCGUGCGCCUGUAGUCCCAGCUACUGGGGAGGCUGAGGCAGGAGAAUCGCUUGAACCCGACAGGCAGAGGUUGCAGUGAGCCAAGACUGCACCACUGCACUCCAGCCUGGGUGACAGAGCAAGACUCCAUCUCGAAAAAAUAAAUUAAAAUAAAUAAAAUAAAAUAAAAUAAAUAAAAUAAAAUAAAUAAAAUAAUAAAAUAAAUAAAAUAAACUAAAAUAAAGGAUAGGAAAAUACCAAGAGCUUUUCCUGGGGGAGGGGGUAUGAGAAGAGAGUUCACAUAAACCCCAUUACAUAGAAACUACCCCUAAAUAUUUCCAAACAGGAGGAGUACAAAGGAGGUGAACAGUCUCCAGCUCAUCUUUAGUGUAGUGGGACUGCUUCUUCAGAAAAGAUCAGCAACAUUCACAUCCAUUUCAUCUAUCAGGGUGGAACAGUACUGCUCAGUAUCUCUGAGGAUGUGGAUGUUCUAUAAAUUAAACGUUCUCUUGUUUGGCAUUUAAGUUGUUUUUACUUUUGUUUUUUGAGACAGGGUCUCACUCUCUAACCCAGGCUGGAGUGCAGUGGUGUGAUUACUGCUCAUGCAGCCUCAACCUCCCAUGCUUAAGUGAUCCUCUCUCCUCAGCCUCUCCCAAGUACAGGCACGUGCUACCAUGCCUGGCUCAUUUUUGUACUUUUUGUAAAGAUGAGGUCUCACUCUCACUCUGUUGCUCAAACUGGUCUCAAAUUUCUGGGCUCAAGUGAUCCUCCACCUAAGCCUCCUAGGUGAUAGGAUUAUAGGAUGAGCCUCUAUGCCAGGCCUGGUUUUACUUUUUUACUAUUUAAGAUUAUGCUGUGUUGAAGGUCUUUGUGCAUGUAGUUCUUUUCUUCUUUUGAAUUAUUCCAGAAAACAAAUUUGCAAGAUCAGACUGAGUCAAAGGAUAUAAAUGUUAAUAUUGCUCUAGGACAUCACUUCCUUUGCUUUAAAAAAGGGUUCUGCCUGGCCAGUUGUGGUGGCUCACACCUGUAAUCCCAGCAUUUUGGGAGGCCGAGGCAGGUGGAUCACUUGAGGCCAGGAGUUCAAGACCAGCCAGGCCAACAUGGCAAAGCCCUGUCUCUACUAAAAAUACAAAAAUUAGCCGGGUAUGGUGGUGCACACCUGUAGUCCCUGCUAUGU